UCAGUCUUCGGUGUCGUGGCGGAGCGUAGCGAAUUCGAAUCCAGGCAGUUGACGCACGUGACGUGUCCGAAAAAAAAAACGAACGGGAUGACCUCUACGAACGGAGAACAUUGCGCCAACAACGGCGUCGUCGCCAAGAAGGCUAGGCCGGUGCUGACGAAGACGUGGUCGGAGAACUACGAGAUCAACGACGUGGAGGUGCCAGGCAGCCCCAGGACUCCCAGGACCUCCACCACGCCAGGUCACGAAAAAUGCACCUUCCACCACGACCUGGAGCUGGACCACCGGCCCCCGACCAGGGAGGACAUGAUUCCGGAGAUGUCCAGGUCCUACCGACUCCUUCUCGAGUCGCUGGGGGAGAAUCCCGACAGGCAGGGGUUGCUCAAGACCCCUGAACGUGCAGCCAAGGCCAUGCUGUUCUUCACCAAGGGUUACGAUCAGAGCCUUGAAGAGGUACUGAACAACGCCAUCUUCGACGAGGACCACGACGAAAUGGUGGUGGUGAAGGACAUCGAGAUGUUCUCCAUGUGCGAGCACCACCUGGUGCCCUUCUACGGGAAGGUCUCCAUCGGGUACUUGCCCUGCGGCAAGAUCCUCGGCCUCAGCAAGCUGGCCAGGAUCGUGGAAAUAUAUUCUAGGAGGCUGCAGGUCCAGGAGAGGCUCACCAAGCAGAUAGCCGUGGCAGUGACCAAGGCCGUUCAACCCGCCGGGGUUGCCGUCGUCGUCGAGGGGACGCACAUGUGUAUGGUGAUGAGGGGCGUCCAAAAGAUCAACAGCAAGACGGUGACCUCCACCAUGCUGGGGGUGUUCCGCGACGACCCCAAGACCAGGGAGGAGUUCCUGAAUUUGGUGCAGUCCAAGUGAGGAUACGAACACGUGGAGUCCGUUCUAAGGAAGAAACUGUCGACGCUGAUUCAAACCGAUUAAGUAUUUAUUUCUUUUAACGCUAUGUUUGUAAAGUGUAUAUUUUAUUGAUAGGGGAUGUUAGUUGAGUUAGUUCCGUUAAAUUUAAGGUUAGCUAGUUUUAUGGUGAUGAGACAGCUGCAUAGUGACGAUUUAUUUUACACCCGAUCAAGAUGUUUGAGAGGAAAUUCAGUUCCUGUGCGAAAAUCGCUUUUCGUUUAUUUCUGGUUGGUAUUUUUAUAACUAAAUUAAUUCUUUUUAGGGUGUCAGAUGUACUCCAAAUCAAGUUAAAUAUUAUUUUACUUUUACACGUCUUGAAAACAGAAAAUAACUAGUGCUAUUUGUGAUUAUCAGACAAUUCGCGCCUAUUUGUUUUUUUAACGUACAAACAGGUUAUUUACAAAAUUGGAGAGCAUAUUUAAUGAAUAUUAUUUGCAUACAUACAUUUUUUUUGGAUUUACCACAAUAAUACUAGGAAACAUUUGUGGAACCGCUGAUUUGACGAUACGACGGCGCAAACGUGUCCUCUUCAAGUUUGUAAACAUCCUGAAUAACCCAUUAAAAUGUGAGGUUUUCAAAAACGUAAUAAUAAGAUCGGCAAAGACAAACAACUGUAUUAUAAUCAUAUGGCACUAGACAAUGCAGUAAUCCCUUACAUUUAAUUUUUUUUAAAUGAAAUUUUUGAGUGAGACUAAUGAAAAUGCAAAGAAUAAUGACAAGUUAUAAUUGUAUAAAUUUUAUCGAAUUUGUGGUACUUAAAUAGUGGACCAAUAUGUAAAAAUGUAUUAUCGUUGUGGUAAAUUGAAUAUAUAUCCAGGGUGUUGAAUGUUGACUAAAUAUGUUAUUCUACAAGGUAUAACUGAAAUACUUGACCAAAUGUUAACGGUAGUUUCUGUGUUGCAAGUUAACAAAAAAAAUCCUAUGGGUUAUCAAAAAUUGAAAAUGAAAAUAUUUUUUAAAUCGAAUAAGCUUUUGAAGCAGUUUAAUUCAAAUUUAGAACGCAGUUCUCGAGAAAUGGAUGUAAUAAUUCGUUCACAAUUUGCUCAGGCAUUUUAGUUACACGUUAUUCAUGGAUAAAUCAAAACUUCUCGGGACACAGGGUGUUUUAAAACAAAAUUGAACCAAUAAAGUUAUAUCUUAUCAUCAACACCUUGUAUAUGUAGAGAAAAAUAUUUAAAUAUUGUACAAUGUCGUGUAUGUUACUGUGAUAUGUAAAAAAAUAUAUAGUGGACGUUAUGCCGUUGACCGAUGCAUAAAAUUUAAAUUUUUUAAAUGUUUAAAUAAGUUAUUAAGUCCAGACGAUAUACGAAUGUGUUGUAAGGUUAAGUUAGCGAGUGUUUUACGUUCCAUGGAAGAUCGUAUAUUAGCUGUUGCAGUAUUUUUUAUAAGCUGUUGGAAAACUUAUUUUGCUAUCUAAUGUUAUAAAGACAAUCGAUGUAAGUGCCCCUGAGCGGUACGAUAAGUGUAAAAUACCUGUAUAUUACAAUAAAGUGAACACACUUUGA